ACCAUCAUCGGAAGGAGAAGAGAAAAUUGGUUGCACCUUCGACAAAACUCAGCUCGGAAGCAGGGAGAUAAUAAUACUUAUCUCUCUGUAUUCUACGCCAUAGCCUGGUGCCUUGACCUAGAGCUCGAAUACUCAGAGGAGCAGUCCUACAGCCGGAAAUACACAGGCAAACACUCCCAGAUUAUUACUCCACCACUUUCUACCUCCCACCCCGUCCGGCAUGUUUUCCUCCCUCUUACAGAAAGCCACAGCCCUCAUAACAGAUGUUCCUCCUGCAUCACCAGCCUCCCCAACUUCUUCCAGACCGACAAAGACCACCCUCUUCCGCAACCACUUUCGUCUUCCCGAUUCGCAGACACCACUCCAAGAGAUAACUUGCGAGCUUACACUUCCAUCUGGAGACCACUAUGUUGGCAAACUCUACCUCUCCGAGAGCUUCCUCUGCUUUUCCCCAAACCCUCCGAGCUCUUCGGCGGCGGCCUCCGCGACCGCCGGUAUUGGCUUCACCCUUCCGCUAUGUGCUAUCCGUCGGGUUGAGCGUCUACAUUCAAGGAGCUACAUGUUUGCUCUAGCCAUUACCACCUGGCAUGGGGUAGCUACUUCCACAUCGUCAGGGGGGAAGGAAGAACGGGUGACGUUGCAAUUUGUGGGCAUGAGGAGCUCAUGCGAAGCAUUUUGUGAUAGGCUCAAGCGUGGUUUGAGGUCCCAGAUGGGAGAGGUCAAGAAUCUGAGGAUUCUUGUUGACAGCUGCUAUAGUGAAUAUCUGCUGGGCAACAUCGGCGGCUAUGAUGGCGUGAAAAGAAGCACAGACGGUGCCGGCGCCGACGAUAGUAGGAAAAAGGAUAGGGAUCCACCGGAUGCUGGUUUGGGAAUGAUUUUCAAAUAUCCCGGUGAUACAAGAAAGUUAAGAGAUAGGAGCAAGAUGAGAUUGUGGGCAGAGUAUUUAAGAGGCAUGCCACUCCGAAAUCUGCGGACACUCAAUGCGAACGGUCGGAACGUAACGCUCGUUAGACAGCCCACAUUUCAUAAGCUUAUCAGAGUUGGUCUUCCGAAUCGAUUACGGGGCGAAAUGUGGGAGUUAUCUUCUGGCUCCAUCUACCUGCGGCUUUUCAAUCCAACAAUGUACCGCGAUAUCCUUCAGGAAUAUGAUGGACGGCAUUCACACUCAAUCGAAGAAAUUGAGAAAGAUCUUAAUCGCUCCUUGCCAGAAUACCGUGGAUUUCAGGACGAUGAAGGUAUUUCUAGGCUGAGGCGUGUGCUUGGAGCCUACUCCUGGCGGAACGAAGAAGUCGGGUACUGUCAAGCAAUGAAUAUUGUUACCGCUGCAUUGUUGAUAUACAUGUCCGAGGAACAGGCUUUUUUUCUCCUCUCAACCCUUUGCGACCGCUUAGUCCCAGGAUACUACUCGAAGACAAUGUACGGAACUCUUCUAGAUCAAAGGGUCUUUGAAUCCUUGGUAGAAAAAACCAUGCCAAUCCUUUGGGAGCACCUUGUCAAAUCUGAUGUUCAGCUUUCGGUCGUAUCAUUGCCUUGGUUCCUUUCCCUUUACAUUAAUUCUAUGCCCCUGGUAUUUGCUUUCCGUGUUCUGGAUGUAUUCUUCUUGGAGGGCCCGAAGGUCUUGUUUCAAAUCGGCUUAGCAAUACUACGGAUAAACGGGGAAGAACUCCUUGAUGCUACCGAUGAUGGUGCUUUCAUCUCCAUCCUUAAGAGCUAUUUUUCGCGCCUAGACGAAUCAGCACAUCCCAGAUCCGAAAACGAGAAAUUGCGAGCUGUCACCAGAUUCCAGGAAUUAAUGGUUGUGGCGUUCAAGGAGUUCGCAGGAAUUACACAGAACACAAUAAUCGAGCAAAGGAACAAGCAUAAAGAUGCAGUCUUAUCCUCGAUAGAGAGCUUCGCAAAGAGAACCCAAUUAAGAAAUCUUGGUCCUGAUAGUAGGCGCCUGACUCCCGAGGAAUUGAGUUGCGUUUACGACCGGUAUUUUGGGGUUUUGUACGAGCGCCAAGGAAGAUUACAAAUGAUUGCGGACGAAAUGGAGAAAUUAGCCACAAAAAAGAAAGCUGCUGCGGGAAGUGGUGUAGGUGGAAACGGGGGCGAAAGAGGAAGGGUGGGGUUGGGGCCAACCACUGGGGAAACGGGAAUGGAUUACGAUUGUUUCAGAGAGUUUCUAACCGGAAUCGCCAAGUGGGCUCGCAAAAAUCUGCUCAACCCUUGGGGAGCGGGGAACCCCGAACCCGCCGAUCACGAGUUCAUGAAACGACUGUUCCGGCGCUGGGAUACAGACAUGAAGAACCAACUGAGUCUUGGAAACGUUGUCAGCGGUCUGGCGAGUGUUGUUGGCGGAAAGAAGGAUAUUAUGGGCAAUAUUAAUUACUGGUUUGAGCUUUAUGAUGACGACGGAGACGGGAAAGUCGACAGAGAGGGUAUCUUAAGGAUUACUGAAGCUCUUCUAUUCGUUACAAGACGCGGUGAUGUGGGCGGGGGUGACGGUGAGGAAGCAGAGUGGGGAGACGAGAGGAUUUUGAGCGCAGUCAGCGGAUUCACUAGAAUGUGCUUUGAGUACGCGGACCCGGACCGACCAAAGGAAGAGGAGAAUGUAAUUAAAGUGGAUCAAGACGUGGAGGAAGACGACCUCCUAGAGCUAGCCGCUUCAUCCUCGGACGAAGAUCCACUGGACACCCCUAAAACAAUCAGUCCAGGUGAAGGAAGCCCCACAACACCAGUUCCUAAAGACAAUGCGAAAGCCAACUUAGCCCUAGAUCCUUCGAACCCACUUCAUAUUACCCUCCCUACUUUCCGGAUGGUCAUACUUGCCGAUGAGGUUCUUGAACGUUUCUUUGAGCGCGGCUUCGCGGAGAGCUUCAGGUUAAUGCCUGGAAGUGAGCCGCAGGCUGCCUUAGCAAAUCCGCGACUCAUGGCUCGAAUGCCCUCCACACCACUCACUCCCGGGAACGCCAAGGGGCUUAGAGGUGUACUUGAUGGAAUCGUGGAUGAGGGAAUGAGAGUUGCGGCAGAGGUAAGGAGAAGAAUGGAAGAGAUGGAGGAUAACAGAGAAGAGGAUGGAGAAGAGGGUGAAGCUGCAGAUGCAAAGAGUAUCAGAGAGGGUGAUCGAGACCUUCUCAGGGGGGCAGAGGCGGACAUUCAGGAAGGGCAGGGACAGACGGAGGAAUUACAGGUUGAGAAGGGAGAAGCGAGAAGGGGGGAAGGGAGAGGUAGAAGCAUCAGCUACGGUGAUCAGGUUAACAGCGGAGUGGUAGAAUUCGAAAGUUAAAUAAUUUGUGUGCGAAGUUUCAAUCGCAAACGCUGGAGGGAGUUGGGUGUGUAUUUGAUAUUAUCUUCUUUGUUGUCUCCUUACCAUCCUCCUUAUAGUUGUUAAUUUUGUCCCCGCUUUUGUAUGAGUUUCUAGGGAGAGAAAUUUAAGGAAAGGCGUAGAUGCUGAUCUGAUCGGCAGAAGUCGUUCUCUCUUUUCUCUUCUCCCUUGGAAAAAAAAGAAAGAAA